AUGGCCGAGCCUGCGCCUCCACCUGCACCUGGGCCUCCGACUGCACCUGGGCCUGCGUCACAAAAUCAGCCCACGGAUGAUGUAGGCACAAGAAAAGGGUUUCGACGCUACAAGUGGGAAUUCAAAGACAGCAAUAAAGAGUUCUGGAUAAUGGGACACGCUGAGGUCAAGAUCCUGUGUUUGGGUUGCAUGAUCGCUGGAAUAAAACUCUUCGAAACAGUGGCCACACACCCCAUCCUGAUCCUGCUCCUCACUAUGGAAGUGUCCUUCUUUGCUUUCUUCAUAUUCCUCUACAGCUUCGCCCUUAACAGAUACAUACUCUUUGUCUACUGGCCUAUCACUGACCUCUUCAACGAUCUCUUCGCCUGCGGGUUCCUCAUAGGCGGAAUCGUCUUUGCUUUGAAGGCUAGAAGAACAAUGCCAAAGGCCUACGUUGCAGCUAUGAUCCUUAUGGGAAUUGCCGCAUUUUUUUCUAUUGUUGACCUAUGUCUUCAAAGGAGACAUCUCAAAGGCAAAAAGAUCCGAAAGUAUGCUCUGCUUGCUCCAGACAAGAAUGGCAAAAUGCCGGACCCAAAACUACAAGCAAUGCUAGAGGCCAAAGAGGAAGAAGAGGCAUUGCGAAAACUCCUGGAGAUUUCGGUGCUGAGAGAAGGCCCCCAAAUGGUCGUGAUCUACAGGUUGAGAACCACUGCCCUAGCUGCUCUAGCCACCCUGAGAGAAUCUUCCUCCAGAGGGAAAGGGGAAGACAGACAAGGAAGGGAGGAGAUCAGUAGGGAGGAGCCUGGAGUCCUGAGCCUGAAAGGGAGGAUUAACAAACAGUGCUGCUCAGUGCGCAUGACAGACUUUCUCAUCUCAGCUGUGCCCAACACAGGCGUUAGCUCCACUCCCUUGUCUUGGGAAUUCAAAGAAUGGAACCCACAGACAAGGCUGAGUCCCCAAGAGGUUUUGUACGAUUAUAGACAGAAGGCUUGA